ACCUGCUCUUCUUUUUCCUUCCCUGCACCGAACAAAAAGAACCCAGCCAAGCGACAGCCCCACUUGGAAAACUGAGAAUUUCCGGAUCUGCUUUGCUCUGUUCCUCACCGCCGGCUGCUCCUGCUUUGUGGGGCCGAACUGCUCUGAUUUUUGGAUCCUAAAUUUCUCCCCAAAUUGCCGCCGGCCUUCCCCCAAACCCGCCAACUCCAGCCUUGCUUGCUGGAAUUCUGAAAAUGAAGUCAAAGACGGGGAAAAACAAGGGGAGUGACGAGUUAGAAGGCUAGCCAUUUUGUAAAUUGAAUAUGGAUUUUAGAUAUAGAUCAUGAUCUUAUAAGCCAAAUUUUAAUUGGAGAUUUUAUAAAUUCAUUUAAUGGAUUGUUAGUUUACAAGAGAUUUGACCUUGAGAUUUUGAGCUUAAGUCAUGUUGGACAUAGAAUUAUUUUGAAAUAUUUGAUUUAAGUUAUUGGAUUGUUAGAUGUGAAUUGGAUAAGUUUCGAUCCUUGUACAUUUGUGAGACUUUCUCACAAGUGUACGGCGUCUGCCACGUCCCCGGGUUCGGGUUCUGGGGCGUGACACUACAUUAAAACACAUUAUGAUGUUAUUGAAAUAAAAGAAAAUGAAGAGUUUAAAUCAAAUUUUAAAUAAAAAUUUACUUCAUAAUGAAUGAAAUACAACUUGCGAAAAUAAAAAAUGAAAAACAAACUAGCUAUUAAUAUAUCAAAUAAUAGAAAUUCUUAGUUGAGAAGAUAAAAGAUGAAAGGAAAAAAAGGAAAAGGAGAAGAAGUUGAAAGUAAAAGGGAAAAGGAGAAGAGGUUGAAAAAAAAUAAUGCCUUACCUAUGGGACAGAAAGAGGUGAAGAUAGGUAGAAGAAAUUGGAAAAAAGAUAAUUGGAAAUUCAAGAAAAUUGGAUUUUUAGAGGCAGGAAGUGGUUAUAUAACCAAUAUAUGCGAUAGAAAUUCUGUCGUUUAUGUUUUGAAUUCCAAAUGCUCGGGAUUUUCAACUUUUUGGUGGCGAGCUUGAUCAUAAUCGACAGCUUUAUUUUCUGUUGGUUAUAACUAUAACCAACAAUAAAUAAGGCUAUCGAUUACAUAAUAAUUUGUACCCAUAAUGAUUUUCCCAAAAUUGGUAUGCCAUGUUGUUUUUAUUAAAACUAUUAUAUUAUUCCUCUAUAAAGUGUUCUGCUAUUU